CGCGCACACCUCUCGGUGCAGAUUGCAAAGCGCCUUCCGUUGCGAGAGCUGCAGAAUUUGCAAGAGCCAGUCUCGCCCACCUUGGAGGAGCGCGGUAUUCCCUCGCACCCUCGUUUGCAAAGAACCAGGUGCCUAAUUUGGCCACUACCUCCCUCGCCCCAGACUGCAUGAUCUCCGGGGACCCUUUGGAGUUGCACGUUUCUCUGCACGGAGGGCCGCAAAUCCCCCUGGCUCCUAGGAUUUGCUGUGUUCUGGAUAUUGGAAGCUUGCAAGCUCCACUCGCCCGCCCCGGGGCAGACACUCGCCCGAACCGCAGGAGUGUGUCGCUGACUGGCUUGCCAGCUUUUCGCGUCUCCAUGAACCCGUGAGCCUGGGGGCAGGUGCCCGGCAAUGGCGCGGCCUGCGAGCGACAGGACCCCGGCCCCCCUGCUGCUGGGCGGCCAGGCCGGGGCCCCCCCUGGCGGGGGAGCGCUGCUUGGGUUGCGGAGUCUUCUGCAGGGGACCAGCAAGCCCAAAGAGCCGUCUAGCUGUCUCCUGAAGGAAAAGGAGCGCAAGGCGGCUCCGCCGGUGGCCACUGUCCCCGGGCCGGGCCUGGAGUCUGCGGGCCCGGCGGAUGCCCCCGCUGGGGCCGUGGUGGGCGGCGGGUCCCCACGGGGGCGCCCAGGGACCGUGCCCGGUCCAGGUCUGUUGGCGCCGCUGUUAUGGGAGCGGACGCUGCCCUUUGGCGACGUGGAGUACGUGGACCUGGACGCCUUCCUGCUGGAGCACGGGCUCCCGCCCAGCCCGCUGCCUCCCGGGGGCUCGUCCCCGGCGCCCUCGCCUGCGUGCACCCCAGCUCCCUCCCCAGGACCGGGCUCCUGCGGCUCGGCCUCCCCCCGAUCCUCGCCUGGGCACGCCCCCGCCCGGGCUGCCCUCGGGGCCGCGGGCGGCCACCGCGCAGGCCUGAGCUCUCGGGACACACCCAGUCCUGUGGACCCAGACACCGUGGAGGUGCUGAUGACCUUUGAACCCGACCCAGCUGACCUCGCCCUGUCCAGUAUUCCUGGUCAUGAAACCUUUGACCCUCGGAGACAUCGCUUCUCAGAGGAGGAACUGAAGCCCCAGCCCAUCAUGAAAAAGGCUCGGAAGAUCCAGGUGCCAGAGGAGCAGAAGGACGAGAAGUAUUGGAGCCGGCGGUACAAGAACAACGAGGCGGCCAAGCGAUCCCGCGACGCCCGGCGGCUCAAGGAGAAUCAGAUCUCAGUGCGGGCGGCCUUCCUGGAGAAGGAGAACGCCCUUUUGCGGCAGGAGGUGGUGGCGGUGCGCCAGGAGCUGUCCCACUACCGCGCAGUGCUGUCCCGAUACCAGGCCCAGCACGGAGCCCUGUGACGUUGCGGCCCCCCACCCAGUGGCGCCCACCUCCACCCUGCUCAGACUUUCGCCCUGACGCCCUCCUCCCCCCACCCCGUGGCCCACUCCCUGGGCCGGUCAGCUGGGUGCCCCAGGGACGUAACAAUGCAGAUAAAUACAUUUCUAUUUUCGAAGAAAAAGCGAGCAUCCCCACCUCCCUCGUGGGAGAGGGGAGGGUGCUAUGUGUGUGUGCCCCGCGGAACGCCGGGGACCCCAGCCUCCCACCGCCUCCGUUAACACAAUCCUGAAUAAAUCUUGAGAACCCCAGA